AUGGCGCUGGUGGAGGUGGUGCUUUCGUCUCUGUUGCGGCUCCUACCGGUGGUACAAAUGGAUCUGUGGAAUUGGGCAGAGAUGACGGCUCUUUCUAAUUCUAGAGGCUUUGUAAUUUCCCCAAUUCUACCUUCUUCAACAAGUUUCGUUACAAAGACGGCAAUGGCCAGUGAUCAAAGUGCGGCGAAAAUCGUUGACUCCGUGCCAAAUUCUUCGAUGAAGCUCCUAUUUGUUGAAAUGGGUGUUGGCUAUGAUCAACAUGGGCAGGAUAUUACGUCAGCUGCAAUGCGGGCUUGUAGGGAUGCUAUCUCUUCUAAUUCAAUCCCCGCUUUCAUGAGAGGGUCUAUACCUGGCGAUCUUUUGGAUAUUGAGAAGUGGAGCAAUAUCAAAUGUUGA